UUCAACUUUGAACACGCGUAGCUGUCAAAAUGCUUUUAUUCUGAAAAUAGUGAGCCGGAAGCUGUUGUAGCUUCCAUCAGCGUUGACUUGACGGAGUGACGAAGUGAAGACAGGCUGGGUCUUGUUACAGUUUGAAGUCUAAAAUUAGGGACGUACCCCAAACUGCUAAUGACGCAGGAGGACUAAAGUGGACACGGGUGUCUCCGUCUCUGCGUGUGAAUGGUGACAGGACCCCGGGACCAUGGGAACGUCCCCUACAACUUUGCUGUUGUCGAUGACAUGCGGUGUAUUUUUAGUUGUUGUUGUCAUUCUGUCGUAAGUGCGCGGCUGCGCCGUUCAGUAUAAAGGGACUCCUUGAAAAUGCAGCUGUACAACAGUGCGCUCACACACUACCCGAGGUCGUCGCGCAAACUUGCGAUAACUUUAUCCGCCGCUUCCGAGCGACUCACUGGGACAAGCUCGACUGCUCCCUCCGACGCCGACGAACCGGGAUUUACUGACCCAGACACAGACGCAACUUCAGCGGCCAACAGGGAUCCAGUGAGGGAGACGUCUUCUUCCGCAAACAUGCCUGCCUUUUCCUGCUACGAAGCUUCAUCCCUGAGGCCGAUUUACUUCACGUCCACUGCUGAGAUAUUGAUCCGCAGACCGGAUGGAUCGGAAAGGUCUGUGCCUGUCCAUGUCAUGCGGGAGUCAAAGACCAAAUCCGCCUCCACUAACUCUCAUAAUGGAGACAGCAUCAUGUGUGAUGACUGUGACAGUGACGUGAUUGUGGACUUGCUAGAUCAGCUGAGGAAUGGCACAGAGGAGAUUUUCCCUGACUGUUCAGAGCUGACAGGAAACCAGUUCUUCACCAGUAACAUUCGUGGACCCAGAAGAGAAGAGUUUAACGAAAGGGUGGAUGAUGAUGUGGUUUCAGUGACUAAUGUCAGGAGUAAUGGAUGGGCCUCAGUGCAUGAACCAGAGCCUGUCACGUGCUCAGCAGCUCAGCCUGGAGUUCUGGAGGAUCUGGAGGAUCUUCAGGACAUGAGCGAAGCUGCUCCAGCAUCGGAUGAGAAACGGGACUUUGAGCUCAGCGUCCUGCAGGACUCUCCUUCACAGGGAUCCAAAGAGAGGGGGGAGGUCAACGACAAAGUCACCAGGUACCUGGCGGAAGUGGAGAGGCAGAACAAGUACCUGCAGGAGAGGAGCAAGUACAGGUACCACAUCAUUCCAGACGGCAACUGUCUGUACAGAGCCGUGUGCAAGGCCACGUUUGGGGACCAGGCGAGACACGGCGAGCUAAGAGAGCAGACGGUGCACCACAUCGCCGACCACCUGGACGAGUUCAACCCCAUCAUUGAAGGGGACGUCGGAGAGUUCCUGAUCAGUGCGGCGCAGGACGGGGCCUGGGCCGGGUACCCCGAGCUGCUGGCCAUGAGUCAGAUGUUGAGCGUCAACGUCUACCUGACCACGGGGGGCAGCUUGGAGAGUCCAACCGUCUCCACCAUGGUGCACUACCUCGGGGAGGAGGACGCCUCCAAGCCUGCCGUGUGGCUGAGUUGGCUCAGCAACGGUCACUAUGACGUGCUCUUGGACAGGUGUCUCGCCAACCCCGAGUACGAGGACUGGUGCAGACACUCGCAGAUGCAGCGGAAAAGAGACGAGGAGCUGGCAAAGUCCAUGGCUGCCUCCUUGUCCAAAAUGUACAUUGAGCAGAACGGAUGUGUGUGAAAGACACGUUUGAUUCUUGCUUGGUUUCUAUGUCCAUUUUUUGUGUCCGAUGCCAAUAUCACAAUCUUGAAUUGAUACCAAUAUCAAUCUGAUGCAGUUUUUAUACUUCUUUGAAGCAACUUAGCUGGUUAUUAGACAUUUGUGCAGAUGCAUAAGCAGCUUUUCCCGUGUCCUUGUUACAUUACGGUGAUGGGUGACAUCUCUUUUUUACAGCAUGUUGCUUUUGCUUAAUGAAGUAUUUACGUCAUACGUAGGGUGCAGGUUCAUAUCAUAGGAUUUUUUUUAUAUAUCCAGUCCAGUGAUUUUUGGUGAUCAGUAUCGGUCCAAUACCGAUACUGAAUCCCGUAUCGGCUCAUCUCUGCCUUAUUAAAGAACGUGUAUGUUGUGUGAGAAAGGAAGUGCAGUGCACAUACUUUGGAUUUUGUCUGUGCCAACGUUGACAGAGUGGUGACAGCUCUUAUGAAAGUGUGUUUCUUGGUUGUGGGUGAAAUUCUGUUACUGUACAUGCAAGUGCUAUUGAGUCUGGAGUAUUUAUUUGCCUUUUUUGUGUGGGGGGCAGACCAGUGAUUUUUCUAUGCAUUUUAUGUCAACCUUUUCAAAUACAGAGUUGUUUUGCAUCUUUGUCACUAAUAGUUGAAUGUCUGUUUACUCUCGUUUGCACAAAGGUCCUAUCAGACUAGUCCAGAGAGUUUGAUUUUUUUCCAGGUCGAGGGUUGUUUUUGUGUUUUUCUAUUGUUACUUUUCUUUCUAGGAAUUUGACAAAUAUGGUGUUUUCAGAAUAAAGUUUUGAAGAAUCUUGA